AUGAAAAUUACUUUUAUAUUGUUUUUAUUUGUUGGUGCUUAUUCAGUAGAAAGUAUUUGUGAAACAUGUCAAAACGAAUUAAAAACAUGCCUUAACGAUCAAAUUCCAGCUGUUGAUUUUAUAAUUGGGAAAAAACAUGCUAAGACUUGUCAGUGUUGUGCCAAAUAUGAUGAGUGUAUUGGAUUAAAUGAAUGUGAGUAUUCACCAUCAAUUUGUUAUAAAACUGGAUGUAAAAACUUACAGUUAAUAGGAUGGAUAAUGAUAUGUGUUAUUAUUGGGAUAUUACUUAUUGUAAUUGCUGGUAUUUAUUUAUUUUAUCGGUACCGACAUGAAAAGAAGAUUGAAAAAAAAGAUGAUGAAAAGAUAAUUACAAAAAAACCUCUAAUAGAGACCGAAAUGAAAACAAAUUUAUCUACUACAAAUAAACACAAAGAUGUAGAAAUUAAUUAUCAAAAAUUACAUGAAGUUAUUGAGUCAUCAUUUUCUUCUUCUGAUUCAUCUUCAAGUGAUGAAGAUACUUCAAAACCAUUAACACAAGUUCAAAUAACAAAAUAA